AUGGCAGUCAACUACUUCGCAAACCCGCCGGCUGGCAUUGACUUGACUGAAUCACGCACUGCUUCCAACAAUGCUAUUGGCAUUGUGCUUUUUGUCCUUUCAUUCAUUUUCGUUGGCUUGCGUCUCCUCACUCGCUUGCGGCUUAAACGUGAGCCGCUAGGACUGGAUGAUCACCUCAUGUUUCUUGGGUUGGCGCUGAAUGCUGGCAACUUAGCUUGCUGCAUCGCAGGGGGUUUCUUCGGUCUCGGAAAGCACAUAUGGUCUUUGGGACCGUAUGAGAUGCGACAAAUUACGAUAAUCACCUUUGCGUAUGUGUUCAUCUACACGUGGAGCCUUUGUACCAUCAAAUUCUCGAUUCUGGCUUUAUAUCGUCGCAUUUUUGGGAUGACAUGGCUUGGCUGGUUUUGCGUCAUUCUCACUGCUGGUUAUCUGGUCGCCAACCAUAUCGUCCUGCCACUGUAUACAAGACCAUUACAUUACUAUUGGAACCAGUGGUAUGGUGGUGAAGGCGUGGUACUGUUCUAUCUUGGUGUCGGCAUCAUCAACCUUUUUGGCGACAUUUGCAUCCUUACGAUACCUAUACAAAGCGUGCUCAAGCUGAAUAUGGGCCGAUCGCAAAAGGUCGCAGUAAUUCUUACGUUCCUACUCGGCAGUUUUGUCUGUUUUGCAUCCCUCUACCGCAUCAUCACAAUCGUCCGCCUCGUUCAGACAACAGACAUUAGCUGGGCAAAGAGCGACGUGUUUAUCUGGUCGUCCGUAGAACCUUCUGUCGGCAUCAUCUCCGAACUCGCUGAAAUCGCUCAAGUCUACCUACCUAAUGGCACCCUAUUAAAGCUACCUAGCCGCUCCACACUCUAUCGGGCUAUAAAAAAGACUGGUUUACUACACGUACGCUGCAAAAAGCGUCCAAAGCUUACCCUACGACGUGCGCGCGCACGCUUGUUGUUCGCUCAAGGGCUCAGGCCACACAACUAA